CGGGCGAUGCUUUGUCAUAAACCGAGCGACGGUUUUUUCGCGCUGUCUUUUCUCGGCAAUGAGUGGUCGCGUCCUUCCUCGACGCUGCUGGGCGUAGAGAGGGGAUGUCUCUGCGCGGCUGGGCCGCAGCGCGCACCCUAGCGCCCCGGUUGUUUGGAAGAUGUUUACACAGCCCAUUCAGAGCAUUAACUUCCUUGUCAGAUAAAAAAAAAGAACUUUUACAGAAUGGGCCAGACCUUCAAGAUUUUGUAUCAGGUGAUCUUGCAGACAAGAGCAACUGGGAUGAAUACAAAGGAAACUUAAAACGCCAGAAAGGAGAAAGGUUAAGGCUACCUCCAUGGCUAAAGACCGAGAUUCCAGUGGGGAAAAAUUACAACAAACUGAAAAAUACAUUGCGGAAGUUGAAUCUCCAUACAGUGUGUGAGGAAGCUCGAUGUCCCAAUAUUGGAGAGUGUUGGGGAGGUGGCGAGUAUGCCACUGCCACAGCCACAAUCAUGUUGAUGGGUGACACGUGCACAAGAGGUUGCCGAUUUUGUUCUGUGAAGACUGCAAGAAGCCCCCCUCCCCUGGACGCCAGUGAGCCCUACCACACUGCGGAGGCCAUCGCGGAGUGGGGCCUGGACUACGUCGUCCUGACGUCCGUGGAUCGCGACGAUGUACCCGACGGGGGAGCCGAGCACAUUGCAAAGACCGUGGCACACUUGAAGGAAAGGAAUCCAAAAAUUCUUGUGGAGUGCCUCACCCCCGAUUUCCGAGGGGAUCUGAGAGCAGUGGAGAAGGUCGCCCGGUCGGGGUUAGACGUUUACGCGCACAAUGUGGAAACAGUUCCGGAACUGCAGAGGAAAGUUCGUGAUCCGCGGGCCAACUUCGACCAGUCUCUGCGUGUGCUCAGACACGCCAAAGAGGUCCAGCCCGCUAUUAUUUCGAAAACAUCGAUAAUGUUGGGUUUGGGCGAGAGUGAUGAGCAAGUGUACGAGACAAUGAAAGCACUUCGUGAAGCAGAUGUGGACUGUCUGACACUGGGGCAGUACAUGCAGCCCACAAAACGCCACCUUAAGGUUGAAGAAUAUAUUACACCUGAAAAGUUUAAGUACUGGGAGAAAGUAGGAGGUGAUCUUGGAUUUCACUACACCGCCAGCGGCCCUCUGGUGCGCUCCUCAUACAAAGCAGGUGAAUUUUUCCUGAAAAAUCUAGUGGCUAAAAGAAAAACACUAUCCCUCUAAAACUUAGAGCAGACCCUCAGGAGCACAGGAGGUUGGCCACGCUGCGGCUAGCUGGUCUGGAGGGUCCAGGACUGCCAGGUGCGGGUGCUCCUGCUGAUUUUGUGCUAAGAGAAAUGUCAGUAUGCCUUACAUAUUUAAUUAUAGCCAUUCAUUUGGUGUUCUUUAUCUAAUAAAUAAUUGCCUGUUAUGUACACAUGAAA